ACCGCCGCGGACGCGUUUCUCGGGCUUGCUCUUCUGCUCGUGUGCCUGUUGUUGGUUGGACAGCUGCUGCCGGCGGGAGUUUGAUCUCGCCACCAAAAGCGCAUCAUAAAAACGCAUCGCAGCAGGCGGCCUACGGGUUUCCAGCCGUACAAAGUACGGUGGCGGCGUGCUGCAGCAAAACAACACAUUUGGAAGUGGAUCGAGUUCAACCUGAGGCGAGCUGGAAGAAAAGAAAGUUUCUCAUAUACCACAACAGUGCCGGAAUCGGUCCUCGGUAAGCGCGAACAUCACGCGGAACUCGUGUGCGAUCUGCUGUUGGUGCAUGGUAGAUAGAUCGUAAUAAAACUGGCCGCUUCUCGGAGGGAGGACGCUGGUCUGUGGUCACUUUGUUCCCUUCCCGGUAUGUAAGUGUUAACUCCUUCGAUAAGAGUUCGUUCUACCGUGCGAUCGGCGACCAGUCGCGGUGCGCGGCAAGAACCUUUGUCCCGCCCUUCGGCCGUCGUAUCGAUAAGGAGGGACCUGCGAAGCGAUCGAUUCUAACGGUCGGUUCCGGGUAUAAAUGCGUGUUCGUAGUGGAUUGCGAGCCUUAGUAGUUACCCGAACUGUCCCAUCACGACAGUCGGCACAGUGCGACGAGCUUACUGCUGACACACUUUCGUGACCGCAAAGACGGUCAUCGGUUGUGACUCAUCGUCCGUUUUGGUCGCAUCUCCGUUUGUAGCGUGUAGUGACGGUUGGUGGUGUGUGCCCAAGUGUUAAAGCCAUUGUCGGGCUGCUGCUUCCGUGUGAUCGAUCCAGUUUUUCAGGCGGCGCAAUCGUUCGAGGUGCUAGUUCCCACGCCUAUCGUGCAGACAACAACAACAAACGAGAUGAUGCUGCUGUUACGGUGGCCAGGGAGUAGGGGUGUGGUGCUUCUCCUUGUCCUAUCCCUCACGGCGUGCCCAACCGCGGGACAAGGAUUGUUCGACAAUUUACUCUCACAGCUGAUGACGACGGCGACAUCUGCGCAAAACUUUCUCGGUGAUGCGUACGAUCAGCGGCAAGGUCGUGGCACCGAACUACCCACGGUAGUGGCAGCGGCGGCGGCAGCACCUGCGGUUACGUCGAAUGGCAUCGGUGGCGGAGCACCGCAACAAUCGGAGGCGACCACCCAGCAAACGGUGCAAUCGUUCGCAGAAAACCCAACCACACAAGGAACGCGGGCUCCACCAACGCAUUUGCCAUUCUGGAAUCCGUUCGUUUGGUUGCGCCCCAAGGAACCUGCUAUCCCGUACAAUCCCGAUACAGAUCUCAGUACGCCGGAAAUUGCAGUCCGUCACGGGUACACAGCAGAGUCGCAUACACUUAAAACAGCGGAUGGCUAUCUACUGACCGUGCACCGGUUGCCAUGCGGACGGGCAGGGUGUACGGCACAGGGUGGCAAGGGUACCGGUCAACCCGUCUUCCUACAGCAUGGUCUGCUAUCGAGCUCAGCCGAUUGGCUUCUCAGCGGACCGGACCGAGCCCUCGCCUUCAUACUGGCCGAUGCCGGAUAUGACGUGUGGUUGGGCAAUGCGCGCGGCAAUACCUACUCCCGGAAGCACGUGUCUCUCAGUAGUGACGAGACGGCGUUCUGGGACUUUAGCUGGCACGAGAUGGCCAUGUACGACAUACCGGCAGAGAUCGACUAUCUCUACACGAUUCGAGAGCUGGAACGUAACGACACCCGGCGUAAUCUGCUGUACAUUGGUCACUCGAUGGGCACGACGAUGGCCUUCGCGCUGCUGGCAAGCCGCCCAGAAUACAACGAAAAGCUGGAGGCCGUAUUCGCACUAGCACCGAUUGCCUUCAUGGGCCACGUGAAAAGUCCCAUACGGCUGUUGGCUCCAUUCUCGCACGAUAUCGAGAUGAUACUGAAAUUCUUCGGCGGAAACGAGUUCAUGCCACAGAACAAAAUCAUUCGCUACCUGGCCAAGUACGGUUGCGAGCUGACCGAGGCGGAGAAGUACAUCUGCGAGAAUACGGUGUUCGUGCUGUGUGGAUUCGAUAAGGAGCAGUACAAUGCCACGCUGAUGCCGGUCAUCUUUGGCCACACACCGGCCGGUACGUCCACGAAAACCGUCGUACACUAUGCGCAGGAAAUCCACAAUGAGGGCACCUUCCAGCUGUUCGAUUACGGGGAGCAUGAAAAUCAACGACGAUACGGUCGGGUUACGCCACCGGUAUAUGAUCUCGACAACAUUUCUACGCCGAUAGCGUUGUUCUAUGCGAACAACGAUUGGCUGGCGGGACCACUCGAUGUAGCUAAUCUGUUCAACAGGCUGCACCGUACCUCGAUCGGUAUGUUUAAGAUACCGAACGAUAACUUUAAUCACGUCGACUUCUUGUGGGGAAAUGAUGCACCGGAAGUAGUAUACAAGCAGCUGCUGAUGCUGAUGCAACGGUACAGAUAGACGGAGCGACGGACACGUGCGUUCGGCUGGAGUGCUUUUCGUAUAAAGUUAAUAAAACAACUCAUGACUGCAUUUUCUGUGUGAAAAUAAAACAAUAUUAUUAAGAUUGUC